CUUUUUUCCUAAUUUUCCCUGUUUUUCUUUUACUUCUUUAAUAUUGGGCCCUGCCUUUCAUUCCCUGUAAGAGCCCCUUGGACGUCUGCACGUCCCUCUCCCCAACAUGGGUCUCCUCGGCAAUGCUGUCUACUACACUUUUCACCCCCUCCAAUUGAGGUCUAUCCUCCAAUGGAAAGUCUGGCACAACCCGCCCCACGAGCGUAAUGAAAAGAACGAGACGGAAAACCAAAAGCUUUGCUUUAAGUUCCUGGAUAAGACGAGUCGCAGCUUCAGUGCCGUGAUUAAAGAGUUACAUCCUGAGCUGUUGCUUCCUAUCUGCAUUUUCUACUUGGUUCUCCGUGGGCUGGAUACCAUCGAGGAUGACACCUCUAUUGACUUGAAGACAAAGGAGCCUCUCCUGCGGGACUUCAAGAAUAUCCUAACACAAGACGGCUGGAACUUCACCGGCAACCGUCCUGAGGAGAAAGAUCGCGAACUGCUGGUUCAGUUCGCCUGCGUCGUUACUGAGUUCAAAAAUAUGAAGCCUGAAUAUCAGGCCAUCAUCAAGGACAUCACUGACAAGAUGGGCAACGGCAUGGCCGACUACUGCGUGAAAGCAGAGAAGGACGAUGCCAGUGUCAAGACCAUUGAGGAGUACGACCUGUACUGCCACUAUGUCGCCGGUCUGGUCGGCGAGGGUCUUACCCGUCUAUUUGUCGAAGCCCAGUUCGGUAACCCUGCUCUAUUGAAGCGUCCCAGGUUGCACAAGUCGAUGGGACUCUUCCUGCAGAAGACCAACAUCAUCCGUGAUAUCCGCGAGGACUUUGACGAUGAUCGACGCUUCUGGCCCAAGGAAAUCUGGUCCAAGCACGUCGACAACUUCGAGGAUCUCUUCAAGCCUGAAAACUUGGAUGCCGCUCUCAACUGUGGCUCCGAGAUGGUCCUGAACGCUCUGGAGCAUGGCGAAGAGUGUCUGUUUUACCUCGCUGGCUUGCGUGAGCAGAGUGUUUUCAACUUCUGUGCAAUUCCGCAAGCCAUGGCUAUUGCCACCCUUGAGUUGUGUUUCCGCAACCCUGAUAUCUUCAAGCGGAACAUCAAGAUCACCAAGGGCGACGCCUGUGACUUGAUGCACCAGUCAACCCAGAACCUGCAGGUCCUGUGUGACACAUUCCGCAGACUCACCCGCGCUAUUCACAAGAAGAACACCCCCAAGGACCCCAACUUUCUUAAGAUCAGCAUCACCUGCGGCAAGAUCGAGAAGUUCAUUGAGACUAUCUUCCCUUCGCAGUCUGCCGAGGCCGCUCAGCGGAAGGUCACUGGCGAGCUCACUGCCGCCGAGGCCAAAAAGAAGGCAGAGGAUGCCGAGAACAAGCAGGACAUUUACUUCAUGAUGGCUCUGAUGGGUACCAUCGUUGCUAUCGUCGCUGGUCUCAUGAUCUUCACAGCGUGGAUGAUGGGUGCUCGGUUCGAUCUUGCCUUCCAGGAACUCCUUAAUGGCAACUUCCGUCCACCGCCCAAGCAGCUCGAACACCCCGAGCUUUGAUUCAAAUUCUCAUACCCACGGCGUUACGACCCUUUACUUUUUAAUAUUCGAUUCCCCAUCCCGGCGGCACCUUGUUUUACUAUUUUCGACCGCGACCGGUGCCGCGACGUGUCUUGAUAAUAACAUACUUUUUUCUUCUUUUUCUCUGUGCAUUCUAACGUUUCCCUCGACGCAGCUUUCCAGCACGGAUGUCAAAUUGCGAUCCGGCCCUUCCAUGGCCGAGGUUGUGCCGAAGAAGUGCUUAUAUUGAAAGGAGUUUUCUCCCUUUAGCCAGUGAGUACUAGAUUUUUGUCCAACGGUUCGUCCGAGGUGGCAAACAUCCAUUGAAGAUCUGGAACAUUCCUGUAUGCGUAGACUUUACGUCCAUAGUUUAAUGAUAUUAUCACGUUUACUUCCAC